AGCCGGGGCCCGCGUGGUGCAUUGUGGGCGAUGUAGUUUCCACCGCGUCUCCCGGUUCCUCGAGCGCGAGUGAGGUGGUGAGUAGAUGGAGUGGACUUUGUCAGCUGUCUGUAAGCAGUCAAGUCGGUGCCCCUCCUGGACCUCGCUUCUUUACCUGAAUAGUUGGCUCAGGUCUUCCGGCUGGAAUGUAACAGGCUCCAGAGGCUUCCCGCUCUGUUUCCAGGUUUAGGGCCGACGACUCAUGUUGGAACCCCACCCCCCACCUCCAUCGUUGUUUAAUGAAGAGAACUCACCUGCCCUCGUUGCUGUUAAGUGGUGCUACAAAAGCAGAACCUUAAACUGUGUGUAAAGAAGAAACAGUCUCCUUUUAAAUAAUCACACUCUGCCUCCAACCUCCAGUCUUUUAAUAUUGCUGUAGAAGUAAGGGAUUUUUUAACAUCUCUGUCUGCUGCUGAUAUUGCAUAAUGAGCUUCUGUUUGUCUAGUAUUCGAAGCUUUCCUAAGCUUUGGAAGAGCAAGCCAUACCUUGGGCUAGGGCCAGAGCACUCUUACCUGUCUCUCUUUCUCACUGACUGUGGCAUCUGGAACCAACAGAAGUGGUUCUCUCUUAAAACGAUGUCGCCACAAAAUACCAAAGCAAUGAAUAUAUUGGCUGCCAAGGCCAGAUUUGUCAAAAAGGGAGAUGAAGACAGUACUAAGCGAAUUUCUUCUCAUCCUCAUCUUUUUGCUGCUGGAGCAGCUAGGAAGAGAGCAGAGAUGACUGCUCACAGUGAAGAUCACACCUUGUUACUUGAGAGGAAGAAUAUUCAACUGCCAACAAAACCACUGAAUUCAGAGGAGUGGGAUAAACUUGAGAAAGAGUAUACAGGAAAGGGCAGUUUUGAAAAGUGGAUCAGUGCACAGAUGUCUCAACAAAACAGCUCUGUAGAUGUGGUUAAAUCUCUCUUGACAUGGGUAGCAGCAAAAAACAGUGGUAUUGUAAGCUAUGAUUUAUUGGUCAAGUAUUUGCAUCUCUGUGUCUUCUAUAAGCAGACAUCAGAAGUUAUUGAUGUCUAUGAAAUCAUGAAAGCCAGAUACAAGAGUUUGGAAUCUGGGGCUUACACUCUUCUCAUCCGGGGAUUAGUCCAGUCAGACAAAUGGAGAGAGGCCUUGCAGCUAUUAGAAGACAUUAAAAAAGUCAUGACUCCUUCAGUAAGGAACUACAACGACUGUAUCCAGGGAGCUCUCCUUCAUCAAGAUGUGAAUAUAGCUUGGAAUUUGUAUCAGGAAUUGCUAAGUCAUAAACUUACUCCUAUGUUGGAAACUUUAAAAGCUUUCUUUGAUUUUGGAAAAGACAUAAAGAAUGAUCACUAUUCCAACAAGCUACUAGAUAUUCUUUUGUAUUUAAGAAAUAACCAACUGUAUCCUGGGGAGUCAUUUGCAUACAGUAUAAAAACAUGGUUUGAGAGGUAA